GGAAGAUGAUAUUAUUAAUGUUGUUCAUCUUUUCUUUGACUGGAUCCCGAGUGCAAUCUCUAUCAUGGAAGUAUGUGUAUGAUUUUGUGGUAGAGGGUGGAAGCCUCCCUGUGUCUGUCAUUCAAGAGGAAUCCGACCCUGCCGAACUAUACUACAGUUUAUUGUUUGAAUGUCCCACGACAUGUAACGAUGGUUUGAAUGACUUGGUUAGCAUCGCUGACAACUCCGGAAGUGGUUUUAUUAUCAAGACAACUGACAACGAACUUGUGGAGCCUCUAUUUGACGUCGUCGUCAUAGUUGGUGAUAAAACUGCUGAAAACAAAGAAUUACAACGACUCCGAUUUAAAUUUAUUGACAAUGAUGAUCCUGACCAGACUACUGUUUUGGAAAGUGUAUGGAGCACUAUAUUAUUAGAAGUUGUCAAUCCACCUAAUCUGCCGGGCACCGUAUAUACAGUCGUUGAUGUCAUGGACCAAAACUUUAGAAAACAAUGGUACGUUGAUCCUUUACAAGUGGAAUUCAAAGAAAACGAAACAGGAAACAAGUCCAUUUUAGUCCGUCCGGUGGAGGAUAACACGGUGGACGGUGACCAGCAAUACGUGUUGGUCACAAAGCGCAUGUCAACUGAUGAGGGCAUAGCUCGUUAUCAUUCCCAUCGCAUUGUCAACGUGCUAGACAAUGAUGUGUAUGGACAGUGGACAGAGUGGUCGAUGUGGUCAGAGUGUUCGAACACACCUCCUUUCUGUUACCAAAGGAGGACUCGAACAUGUAAACGUCCUCCUUCGGUGUUGAAUGGAAAUCCAGUCUGUGAUGGACAGAGCAGCGAAUCUAAGCAUUGUCCCUGCUUCGCUUCCUAGGUUACACUGCAUAAGUGAUCUGUUAUUUUUGAUUAUAAACGUGCUUUUUUUUAUUUAUGUAUAAUUAUGUUCAUUGAAUUCCUUAACCUAUUUUGAAUUUAUUAUUUGUUGUAGAAUAAAUCAUUUGUUAAAAAUG